AUGAUCCAAUUCGAUUAGCACAAGCAAAGAACACUUUAGACAAAUCCAGAAGAUUACUUUAAUUAAGAAGAUGACUAACCAACUGAAACAAAUAUGUAUUAAUCUUUAAAUUAUCAGAAGAGUCAUUAACCAUUGAGUUCAUAAGGAUACUUAGCGAAUUAGCAUUCUAAACUAUUUGAUCUCAAAAAGAAAUAUCUCAAAAACCGAGAAGACACUCACAGACGCUCUGUUUCUAUUCACAACAAAAUGUAAUGCAAUAAAUCGCCCAUCAAAACCCAAUAAACCAAAAGGCAAUCUUCUCCAAAAUAGGAAAACUAUUAGCCUCUGCAAAAGAAAAAGACAAUGCCAGUUUGCAAGAAUUUAGGAAACAAUCUUAGAAAUAUAUUAAAGACUAAUUAUCAACAAUAAGGCUCAUUUGGAGAAAAUCCUGAAAAUGCAGUAAUCAGAAAAGAAUAUUCCCAAUUAAUAGAAAUCCCAAUCGAAUAUUAAGGAAUUGACAAUUACUCAUUUAUUAAGACAUUGGGAAUCGGUGCUACUGCUGAAGUGAAAAUGGCAAGAAAUAAAGAAUUAGAUAUUGAAGUUGCAAUAAAAAUAUACGAUAGAAAGAAGAUGAAUAGUAUGCAUCUUAAGAAUCUGGAGAGAGAAGUGGAUAUCUUAAAUUUAAUUAAGCAUCCAAAUAUUAUUAAUUUGUAUCAUACUUAUGAGAAUGAUAAAUCCAUAUUCUUAAUUAUGGAAUAUUCAUCUCCCAUUAAUUUGGAAACUUUUAUGAAAGGUCGUCCAUUCAAAAGAAUAAAUGAGGAUGAAGCUAAAAUAUUAUUCAGAUAAAUAGCAGAUGCUAUUGCUUACAUCCAUAUGUUGAACAUUUCUCAUAGGGAUCUCAAGUUCGAAAACUUAUUAAUAGACUACAACACCAGAAAAGUGAAGAUUAUUGAUUUUGGAUAUUCAAUUAAGGUAGAUGGUAAAUAGACAUGUUCUUGUGGAACACCUCAAUAUAUGGCACCAGAAUUAGUUAAAAAGAGUGCCUAUGAUCAAUCAGUUGAUGUUUGGGCUUGUGGUGUUAUUUUGUAUAAGAUUUUAACUGGUGUAUUUCCAUUUCGUGGUAAUUCAGAGAAAGAUCUGUACAGAAAGAUAUGUUUAGGGAAAUUGGAAUAUCCAUCCUUUGUUAGUAAUCAAGCGAGAUAGUUAGUAUCAUCUAUGUUGAGGGUUGAUCCAAACGAGAGAGCUUGUAUGUAAGAGGUGAAGCUGUCUUAAUGGUUGAAUUGA